GUCGCUUGGACGCACUGCGACACUUCACACCAAAAUCUAUAGGCCUAAAUGCGAGCCAUCGCUUUGAGGUUUCAAUCCAUUGCAUUACAAUUUCAGGUUUAGUCGACCAUUCGUUCGAGCGGGAGACAGGUGUCGUCGUGUAAGCGUUUAUAGGCCAACCAAAAGCAGCUACCCACCCCGCCAGAAUGGAGCAGUGGAACAAUGUGGAGCUGACGAACAUGUCCAAAAAGUCAUACACACUGAAUCAUGCCUAUAAUAUGGCCGAAAAGCUCAACAAGGAGAACAACGCUGCUCCGACCUCCAAUGGUAGUGGUAGUGGUAGUAUUAAAGGUAACGACAGUGUCCAGGCCAAGGACCAAACAGACAGCUCGGUCCUAAAGCCUGGCUCUGAUGUACGGCCAAAAGUGGAGCCCGAAGAUGUGGAGAACCUUUUGCGACGACUGUAUGGCAUCACAGUGAGCGAAGUGAAAGAGAUUCUGGCCUACGAUGAUCGUAACUUUCUGAUCCAUGAAGACAGCAAUGUGAAGAAUCCCCUGAUUGUCUCCCACUGCCCCCAUGGCUAUAUCCUGAAGAUUAUGAAUUCGUUGGACUCUAAGAAAGAAGACGUUGUGGAUGCGCAGAAUCAAGUGAUGCUUUAUCUAUCAAAACAACAAAUAAAGUGUCCCCGUCCUAUUGCCAAUGCCAGCGGAAAGUAUUACUCGGUGGAAAAGCUAAAUGGCACAGCCCAUGUGGUGCGCCUCUUGGAGUUCGUUCCCGGCCAAAUAUUCCGCGAUGUUCCAAUCACCAACUAUCUGCUGUUUCAAAGUGGCGAAUACUUGGCGAAAUUGGACCGAGCUCUGAAGGAUUUCACCCACGAAGCCUAUGAAACCCACACAACAACAUGGAUGCUGCAGAACGUACCGGCCGUGAGAGAGUUUCUGUUCGCCGUCAAGGAUCAGGAGCGAAAAGCAUUGUGUGAGGAGGUGAUCGAUGCCUUCGAGUCGAAGGUAUUGAGUGUGGUGCCCACCCUGGAUCAUCAGAUAAUCCAUGGCGACUUCAAUGAGUCGAAUAUUGUGAUCGAAACGGCACCAAAUCAGACGGACCAUAACAUCAAGGGAGUGAUCGAUUUUGGGGACAUGAGCAAGUCGCCGCUUCUCUUCGAAAUUGGCAUUGCCUUGACCUACAUGACGCUGGAGGCGAAAGAUCUGGCCAGCGGUGGCAUCUUCCUGGCAGGAUAUACCAGCAUAAAGCCAGUCAGUAGCACAGAGCUGGGAUAUCUCAAGUAUUGUGUGGCUGCUCGUCUCGUCCAGAGCCUGGUAUUGGGCCUGUACACGCACAGUUUGCAUCCCACCAAUGAUUACUUGCUGUCUACCCAACACGAGGGCUGGAAGCUGCUCGAGAAGCUGUGGAAGGAUAGUUUUGACUCCGUGGACGAACUGUGGUCGACCACAGGCCAUCAGUACUUGACGCAAAGCAAUAAAUAAACUAGAAAAUUAGAAAAGUGUCAAUUAUAAGAAAUGUUUGCUUUAAAUAUUACUUUUAUCCGAUAUAUUAUUAUCAUCAUAAUCUUUACAAUAAAACUUGUUAAACAAAUACAAAUA